AUGCACGAGGUGGUCCGGAAACACUGCAUGGAUUACUUGAUGAAAAAUGCAGACUACUUCUCAAACUAUGUGACAGAAGAUUUUACCACUUACAUUAACCGCAAGAGGAAAAAUAACUGUCAUGGCAAUCACAUAGAAAUGCAGGCUAUGGCGGAGAUGUACAACCGACCUGUAGAGGUGUAUCAGUAUGGGACAGGUAACACUACUACUCCAGAACCAAUCAACACGUUUCACGGAAUCCAGCAAAAUGAAGAUGAGCCAAUAAGAGUGAGCUACCAUCGGAAUAUACACUACAAUUCAGUGGUGAACCCCAACAAGGCAACCAUUGGAGUUGGUCUGGGCCUGCCAUCCUUCAAACCAGGGUAUGCAGAUCAGUCGCUGAUGAAAAAUGCUAUUCGGACCUCAGAAGAGUCCUGGAUCGAGCAACAAAUGUUAGAAGAUAAAAAGAGGGCCACAGACUGGGAAGCUACAAAUGAGGCCAUUGAGGAACAAGUUGCUCGAGAAUCUUAUCUGCAGUGGUUGAGGGACCAAGAGAAGCAGGCCAGACAGCUGUCUUUAUAUUCACAGCCCCGCAAAGCCAGUGCAACCUGCAGUUCUGCUACAGCUGCAGCAUCAAGUGGUCCAGAAGAAUGGAGCGGACGUUCACCAAGACAGCGUAGCACUGCGGGGUCUCCUGAACACCCUGAUGUUCAUGGAGAUCAAACAAAGCCGUCUUCCCCUGGGAAUGCCCUAGUGUUAGCAAAGCCUCCCUCGCCUUGUGCACCAGGUAACUACAGCCCAAGCAACUCGGGAGCUGACAGAGCAACUUCCCCUUUGGUGUCUUUGUACCCAGCACUGGAAUGCAGAGCCAUCAUGCAGCAUAUGUCCCCCACAGCAUUUGGUCUGAAGGACUGGGAUGACGAUGAAAUACUCGCCUCUGUUUUAGCCGUGUCACAACAGGAAUACUUAGACUCAGUGAAGAAAAACACCCUACGGCGGGACCCUUCCCCAGAUCACAGCUGA